CACCUUCUUACCUUGGUAAAUAAUUAUGAUCGACCAAUACUAUUGAUAUCUAUCGAUAUUACCAAGCACAUCGGGGGCUUAAUCGGGCUCUGAAAUGAGUUUUACCUCCGCGCGGCUGAACUAUGAGUGCGCAGGUCUACACGAUAACUUCAGCUUGCACUUGUCUGAACUUACCGAGUUAAGGUAGAAAAAUGUGUCGACUGCUAGGUGUUGUAUACCGUUGAAAGUUUCACGCCGAAUGUAAUUCGAAUUGAAUACAAUUUGCAUCAGAUUGAAACUUAUAAUUGCCUGGCAAUGGUUUACAAUUCUCACAUUUUUUCCCCGUAACGUAAAGUCGGUGAAAAACAAACCGCUUCAGAAAUUUUUAGGUUAUCAGUGACUAGCACGAUACUGAGCUACUGCCGAAGAAGAAAGCAAAAAUCAUAGACAAAAAUGAUUCUAUUGAACAAGAUAAUUUGCAAUCGAAACGUACUGAGAAAAUCCAACUAUCUGUAUCUGAAUUGGUAUCGAAAAUGUUGCUUUCACAGCCAUCUACAAACAAAGUUAUUACAGAAGAAAAAAUGCAUUCUCACAAUAUUUAAACGAGAAACUGCAAAUGCUCUUGGAACAGGUACUGUCAGAUCUCAAAUGAAAACAGCAACGAAGAAAAAUUUAAGAAAAUCCGAAUUAAAGAGGCUCUUCAAUUUGGCCGAACCAGAGAAAUUCAGACUUUUGGGAGCAAUCGGUUUACUAAUUGUGUCAUCGACGGUAACAAUGGCUGUACCGUUUUGCUUAGGAAAAAUAAUUGACUUGAUGUAUGCAGCUGAUAAAGAGAAAAUGAAAGAGAAUUUGAACAAACUCAGCUUGACUUUAUUGGGUGUAUUUCUAAUUGGAGGAGUUUGUAACUUUGGGAGAGUUUAUCUGAUGUCCACUACUGGGCACAGGAUAACCCAAUCUCUGAGGAAAAAGGUUUUCACAGCAAUAGUUAGUCAAGAAACAGCUAUGUUCGACAAACGAAGCACUGGCGAACUUGUUGGGCGAUUGAGCGGCGAUGCGCAGCUCGUUAGCUCAGCAGUUACAACGAACAUCUCAGAUGGGCUUCGAUCGAGUAUAAUGACCAUUGCUGGCGUAUCCAUGAUGGUCUACAUGUCUCCAGAAUUGGCGCUAGUUGGUUUAUCAACAGUUCCCCCAGUCGUUGGUUUGGCUAUAAUGUAUGGACGAUUUGUAAAGAAGAUAUCAAGACAGGUGCAGGACAGCCUGGCUAGUUUAAACGUGAUUGCUGAAGAGAGAAUUAGUAACAUACGGACAGUCAAAGCGUUUGCUCAGGAGGUGAAUGAGAUUAAAAAAUACAGUUUCAAAUUGGAUGAUCUGUUGAAGUUGUGCUACAAAGAAAGUUUUUAUAAAGGUGUAUUUUUCGGAAUGACCGGUCUCUCUGGUAACGCCAUAAUACUUUCAGUCUUGUACUAUGGUGGAGGAAUGGUAUCCGAUUCAUCAUUAACCGUUGGCAAUCUGAGUGCAUUUUUGCUUUACGCAGCCUACAUUGGUUUGUCUUUGGGAGGCUUAUCAAACUUUUAUUCUGAGCUGAAUAAAGCCCUCGGAGCAAGCACCAGAUUGUUUGAAUUGAUCGAGCGUGAGCCAAAAAUUUCAAUUCAUGGCGGAAGAGUGUUGCCUCAAAAACUAAGUGGCAAUGUUAUCUUCGACAAUGUCACUUUUUCUUAUCCUACAAGAUUGGAAUCCCAGAUAUUGAGUGAUUUAACCCUGGAAGUCGAAAAAUGUUCCAUAACUGCCAUUGUUGGGCCGUCAGGUUCUGGAAAAUCAACAAUAGCUGCUUUACUACUGCGAUUGUAUGAUCCAAAUACGGGUAAAAUACUUUUGGAUGGAGAGGAUCUAAAAGAACUGGAUCCAACCUGGGUGAAAUCUCAAAUUGGAUACGUGUCUCAAGAGCCAACGUUAUUCAGUUCCAGUAUACGAGAAAAUAUUACAUACGGGGCUGCAAAUUCGACUGAAACAGAAGUUAUGGAUGCUGCGAGCCAGGCAAAUAUACUGGAAUUCACACAAGGAAUGAAAGAUGGAUUAGAUACCAUUGUUGGUGAACGAGGAGUGACGUUGAGUGGCGGACAACGUCAAAGGAUUGCGAUUGCACGAGCGCUAAUCAAGAACCCAAAAAUUUUGAUUCUGGAUGAAGCCACUAGCGCAUUGGACGCUCAAAAUGAACGCUUGGUUCAGGAAGCAUUAGAACGUGCUACAAAGGGUCGAACAGUCUUGACAAUAGCUCAUCGAUUGAGUACCAUAAAAAAUUCUGACAAAAUAGCAGUCCUUGACCAUGGCCGAGUUGUUGAGAUAGGCAAUUACGAUCACCUAAUGACUAUUGAGAAUGGAUUAUUCAGAAACCUAGUGAAGCAUCAAACAUUCACUUAAGAUGAUGAAGGAACAAAAUUUUCAUGCCGCUGAAUUUCAUGAAAUCUAACUGUAAAAUUCAAUCUGUAGGUAAUAUCUAUCUAUUGACAUGGCUUUAGAAAAAUUAAUUUAGUUAUAUUUAUACAAGUUUGUUAAUUAGUCGGUGAUGUAAAUUUUAUUAGCUUCUUGAAUUAUAUUAUCAAUUGUAAUAAGAAAAAAAAAUGUAAAUAAUCCGAAAAGCACACAAUUCGCACCUGUGCAUUCAUGAGGCAAAAAAAAUGUGCAAUAUACUAUAUUUUAUUUAAUACUGUUUUGUCAGUAAUUACUUUCUUACUACUUUACCAUUUUCCAUGAUUGUGUCGCAGGCAUUUUGACAACCAUGCAAUUGACUCCACAUUGAUCAGACGAAAUUGUCCUACUAUGAUUGUGUUCCCGUUUUAUGAAGCCCCACAAAGGCACCUUACGAAGUAGGUGGUUACAUUACCAAAAGAACAUUGACAAUAUUAUAAACAAGUUCCUUGUUCUUCUAUUUAGAGCAUUGCGCGUACAUAAAAAUGUACAUUUCAAUUCUCUUUAUGUAAAUUAUAUUUGCAGUUUUCUCGUAUUAGGUUUUCUUAAUUAUAAUGAGAAUAAGAAAUACAUUUGGACUCGCUACAUACACAACUUGAAAAUAAAAUUGCUGCAAAACUAUUCGAAAAGAACUUCAGUGUGCACUAUUUAAAACAAAAGUCACAUAAUCUUCUACUUUACUUGUAUAAUAUUUGCGUUCGAUCUGUUUAGCUAUAUUUAUGACCUUUUCUUUGAAUAAGUUUAGUUGAUUGUCCUAAUCAUUACAACAUUCCACAAAUGAUACUUUGG